AUGUCCUCCACCGCCCCUCUUGAAGCAUAUUGGUCCACUUUCACAGGCUUCAUGCGUCAUGCUCAGGCGUGUGUCGACAUCACCACGUUCUUCAUUGCAGUGGAUCCGGUGUUUAAUGCCGUGCUUCAUUAUCAAAAAGAAAUGCAGGCCCAAGGAAUCCUCUUUCAGGGACCUAAUCAUCAUAUGCUGGCGCAGACCUGUGCUUCGAACGGGGUCCACCCCAUGUGUCGGGUGAUGUACACAGGCCCAAAGGGGAAGAUCGCGUUCAACCCAAAACGUCCAUCACCGUCCUUGCCAAGCAAGAAUUCUGCCGUGGUGGGACAGAUCACGAACCUGUCCCAGCUGAAGUUGCUGGCAGCGUGCGGGGCUGAUGUCAUAGCAGUGGACAUGCGAGAGGUACCUAAAGACCUGGAGGAGUACGUAAAGGGGAACAUGCCGGGAUACCAAUUGGCCUUCGUGCAGCAGUAUUGUUACCACAACCUCGGUGUGCCUUUGGGUGCGGAAAGCCAUAUCCUUGCCUUUAGCCGCCACGUUUCCAAGCAGGGGCGGGAAGGUCUUGUGCAGCUCAUGUCCUUGAAGGUGCAGUGCAUGGAUUUUGGACAGCAUGGACCUAGCAAGGAAUGGAUGGUGCGGGCAACAUGCACCGCCGGUGAGACAGUUGACCCUGGAGCGAAGAACAAGCGGACCUUCUCUGAAUUGGUGGCCAAGGCAUGUGAGAGCAGGUGGCUGCCAAGCGAUUUGCAUGCUGAGAGUGUUCGUGGGAAGAUGCAGAAGCUUCUUCAGCAUGUCGAGUCUGAAGCAAGCGACCUUCUGAAGGUUCAUUUGGCAAUCUUGAAGAAUCAGUCCAAGAAGCAAAAGUGGGAAAAUCAUGUCUUAGCGGCCGAUGCCAGUAGUUUGCGCUUCAGCCACCACCGCGUGUAUGUGGAAGAAUUGCCCCCCAUCAAGGCGAAGACUGUUGUCCUCACCUACCAGCCAGAACCCCCGAAGGGCAGGCCUAAGGCAAAUAUUGUGUCGCAUCACGAGCUGUUGAAUGCACAUGGCUAUCCAUCUGGCACAGUCCAUGUACAAAUGCUGGGGCAGCAGGGUGCUGGAGUUGCAAUGUCGAGCGUAGUUCCAGCUGCAGUGGGUCUGUUCCUGUGUGCAGCCGCUGUGCUUCUGCAGCCGCAAGCCGCGGCCAGCUAG